AUGCUACAUAACUUAUGCAUCUUUGAUACUGAUAUGCUAGCUGGUUUGCCCGAGAAUGUGCGCAAACAGCUUACAUCUUCAGUGCCUAAUCCACAACGUCUUGGUCAUCCGGAUGAGUUUGCUCAUCUUGUUCAAUCCAUUAUUGAGAAUCCUAUGCUAAAUGGAGAAAUAAUCCGAUUAGAUGGAGCUCUACGAAUGCAGGCAUGA